AUGUCGGCUAAUCAUCCCCCACCUAUUCCGCCAAAGCCAAGUAGUGGUCAAGGAAGAAGUAAUGAAAAUGGUGCACCAAAUAUGAAUCAACUGUUGAACUUAAUUGAUUCAGAGAUUGCUAACAAGCCGCAAGAUAACUGGACUCCUGCGAAUGUAAAUUCAAACGACGGUCGACCAUAUCCUCAAAACUUUUAUUCAACGUCGUCAGCUUCAUAUAAUGCAGGCGUGUCUUCACAUAAUUAUCCACAAUCCUAUAAUUUGCAAGGUUAUGUUCCCGGACAAUCUUAUGACAAUAACGCCGUGCCUCAAAAUUAUGGCGGACAACCUUAUUAUCAAGAGAAUCAAUACGUAGAUCCUUAUUAUUAUUCAAUGUACCCUCAAGAAGAUUGGUCGGUUCAAGCUCAAAACUAUUCGGAAAGCUAUAUGCAAGGAAAUUUUCCCGUCCCAAUGUCUUCUCCCAUACCACCACCGUCUUCAAAUCAAUCUUACCCUGCAAUGUCGACGUCUAGUUCGCAUGGUUAUAAUGGUACCUACGUAGCUGAGGGCACGUAUUCACAAACAGGAACCACACCGGUUGGCUAUGCAUCACCGCAACUGGUGAUGCCAGAUUUUCACACAUAUGUGGAUAAUUCGUCCAGGCAUCAAAAUGAUCCGAGUAGUCUAUCACAAAGGAAUCCUCAAGCACCUUUACAACAUUCUUAUCCCCAAGAACCUUAUGAUGCCUAUCCCACCGAUCAGGACUAUGGACAAAAACCAUGUUCGAAUGGAUCGUCGUCCAAAAUGCCAUCUCAGGAUGUCAAUCAAUCUAUGUGGUCCCCAGUUCUCCGUCAACCAUCUAAAGUGCUGUCCACUUCCAAAACGACAUAUUUAAAUGGAAUGCAAGGAAUAAUGAAUCCGGCUUUGUUAUCCAAUAUAGCGGUUGCAUUCCGAGCCGCCGUGAAUUUAGGGACACAUAUGAAAGGUGCUUUGGAAUAUCCUGACAGCUUUACUGGAAAAGAUACCGUGAGCACCAUAUAUUCUCUCCUUCCAAACCAUCUCAAUCGACAAGUUGCUCUAUCAAUGGCUCGUUCAUUAGAAUCCCAGCUUUAUUUUCAUUCUAUAAAUUGGUCAACUAUUGCCGUGGUCAAGGACACAGAGGAUGAAGUUUAUCAAUUCCUUGAUGAAGGACCUUAUUCGCCGACUGCAUUGGAAUGGGAUGAAGACUUUCCUACUGGAGUUUUUCCCAUUGCAUCAAAGUGUUAUAGCCCCCGCUGCGGUUUUGAAGGUAAAGGUUGCUAUUCUCGAACGUGUCCUAAUUAUGUUCGGAGCGCGAUGUCUACGUCGCCACAAGAUAAUACGUGGUCCGGAACCGUUCCAAAAGAAAUCCAGGACACUGUCGACAAAGAAGAGAAAAAACGCCAAGAAAUUAUUUUCGAAACGAUCUAUACGGAAGAAGAUUACAUUAAAGAUUUGGAUCUCCUUGAAAACCUAUUUAAGAAAGGGCUACGCGAUGCGACACCGCCCAUCAUUCCACCCACUCAACUCGAUGAUUUUAUUCAGGCGGUGUUCUUUAAUGUGUUUAAAAUUCGUGCACACAAUCAAAAAAUGCUGGAGCGUUUACGAAAAAGGCAAAAAGAGAAUUAUGUGGUACAAUCUAUUGGCGACAUUUUUUGUGAUAGUUCCAUGGAGUUUGGAAAUGAUUAUGUCGACUACAACGGACAUUUUCCUAUAGCCGAUCAUGCCAUAAAAACCAUGAAGAUGAGGAAUCCCGAGUUUAAGCGUUUUCUUGAGGACUGUUCGCGGAAACCUGAAGCCCGAAGGCUUGAUUUCAGACAUUUUGUACAACGACCCACCACACGAUUACAACGGUACACACUGUUUCUAGAGCAAAUCAUGAAGCACACAUCUAACGAUAAUCCUGAUAAAGGCCUGCUCGAAGGUGCUUUGCAGACAGUUCGCAAUCUCUGUAAAGAUAGCGACAGUCGAGUACACGAUGCCGAACAACGGUUGAAGAUAUUAGAGUUGGAAACGAAAUUGAUAAAAAAGAACGGUGACCCUUGCACCGAACUUAAGCUAAUGGACAUAAAUCGCCAAUUGCUAUUUAAAGGGACUUUGUACAAGAAAAACCCCGCUCGAUUCGAAUGGCUAGAGCUCUUUGUGUUCCUUUUUGAUCAUUAUUUAGUCAUGACAAAAAAAAAGAGAGGGGCUGACGGGGAUGAGAAAUAUAUUAUUUCAAAGAAGCCUAUUCCCUUAGAGAUGCUUAUAAUUGACUCCUCGAAUGAUAACCUGACACCUAGAAAUACACGAAAAAAGCCGACCACACAAAAUCCACAAAUUGUUACCGAUUUGGAAGGCACGGAUAAUAGAACCAGCAACCCAUUUAACAUUGAACACGUGGGGAGACAUGGAGGGUUAUACCAAUUGUUCGCGGAUUCCGCCAACACCAAGAAAAUGUGGAAGGAAAAGAUACAAGAUGCUCAGACCAAGCUUCAACUGAAAGAAUUGAAUAAUCAUGUAUUCGAAUUAUUCACAAUGAACGACAGCACGUUCAAACUUGGUCAGACUGGAUCCUCCAGUUCAAAUACUGUCUCAAGAGGAAAAGUUAACUGUUCUGUACCGUUUGUUACUCCGGAAAAACGUAAUAUGGUUGCCAUAGGUACGGAGGAAGGGGUAUGGAUGGGAUUUGGAGGUGAGAUGCAUACUUUCCGAAAAGUGCUGGCUAUCGGUAAUGUGAUGCAGAUGGCUGUGAUUGAGAACUACGGAAUAUUCGUGGUCUUGGUUGAUAGAGUGCUCUGGGCAUAUUCGUUAGACGCUCUAAUACCAUCCUCAAACUCAAGUUCUCAUGGUUCCGCGGUACGACAACGGUUGUGCAACAGCAAUAGCAAUGUUCAAUACUUUAAUGUGGGUACCAUUAAAGAUAAAACCUUAUUGAUUUUCAUGAGGAAGAAAGGCAUAGAAAGUCUCUUUAAAGUAUUAGAACCCGUACAAAACGUUGGUGCGAAUAGUGAAAAAGUCAAAAGUUCGAGUUCCCGUCGUCUUGGUGGUCUUAUGUCUUCGAGGCAUGAUUGGUUUAAGGAGUAUAAGCAAUUUUACGUUCCAUCGGAGUCCUAUAGCAUAAAUUUUUUGAGAUCGAAGUUGUGUGUAGUUUGCGCUCGUGGAUUUGAAAUUAUGAAUUUGGAGAAUUUACAUAGUAAUACCAUACCGGACUUCAUGCAACCGUCUUUUGCCACAAUAGCGCGGCAAUGUGAUGGAUCAAAACCUCUGGGGAUGUUCCGACUGAGCGACAAUGAAUUCCUUUUGUGUUACGCAGAAAUAUUUUUCCGUGUUGAUAAAUACGGUGAAUUAUCGAGAAAAAAUGUAGUGGAAUGGGAGGGUCAUCCUGAUGCAGUGGCGUUGCAAUUGCCUUACAUUAUAGGCUAUAAUAGUUCGUUCAUAGAGAUAAGGGAUGUCGAGACGGGUGAAUUAAUACAACCGAUACUCGGGAGAAAUAUACGUUGCCUUACAUUUUCCAAUUGGUGCUUGCCGAAGAAAGAAGAACUGAACGUUCAUCUGGAAGAUGAUGAAAAAGCGGAUUCGGUGCAAAGCUUCCCGCCGUGUAGUGCGAAACUCCUUGAUCUUGUCGUUGUCUUAACUAACCCUAACCCUUAUUUCGGUAAUAUGAUAUCCUUGCCACUCGCUUUAUUGUAUAAUCCUGAGUCGCUCUUCCUAUUUGAAACGUCAAUACAGUAUAUUCCAGGAGAAGUACAAAAAGUCGUGGGUCCUUAUUCUACUUUCCUUUAUGGACCACUGAAUUGGGCACCCAACUGGAAUAGUGAAUAUCAAGGUUAUCAUUUUACCCUCGGUUGCUUUGCUUCCGGCCUCAUGCUAGGUAUUGAUUCUCGACGCGUCGUUCGAGACAGAAUUACCAGUCCCAGUCUGUUUUUAUGUUUGCUGACACCUCAACGUGGUGACUGGGUGAACAAGAUCAAAAAGAUUUUGGCCAAUGUGUAA